UCACUUUUCCUAGUCAUCAAUCCUUGUCCGUUCUCCUUAAAGCAAUACCUUGCCUUUAUAAUCCCAUUUUCUCAAAUCCACGAUUUCAAUUUAAUUACAAGAGAGAAUUGAGACCCACAGAAAGGAAAGCAAGAGAGAAGAUGUCGGAUUGGGGACCGGUAUUUGUGGCGGUGGUGCUGUUUAUACUCUUAACACCAGGUUUGCUGAUUCAGAUACCGGGUCGUCAGCGAUUAGUUGAGUUUGGCAACUUUCAGACCAGUGGAGUUUCCAUACUGGUUCACUCCAUCCUCUACUUUGCUCUCAUUUGCAUUUUCUUGUUAGCUGUUGGUGUCCACGUGUAUGUAGGUUCAUAGCCUUCGAAUGCUGAUCUGCCUGUCACACAGGGAUGUGAGACUUAAUCGUUCUGAUUUUCUUGAAUUGUGAUAACUCUGCUUUUCUUUUCCCAUUUAUGAUAGAUGUUUUGAAACUGAUUCGUGUAGCAAAUCUUUGUACUUGAUUUCUUUAGUUAAAUCUAAUGCAGUUCUGUCUUUGCUUUGUGGUUUCAA